AUGGCUUCGGCAGGCGCGAACCCGCUCAAGUCUCCAAAGACGCCUCGACGACCCAAGACGCCCGAGUCUCGUCAAGUGCACUUUGAGCCCGAGACUAAGCCAGCGACGACUUCUGCCUUCUCCAGAGACUUUAAUUCUGGACGCAUCUCGGGAUAUACCACUGCAAAUUCCCCCAGCGGUGGCUUCAGUACUGGCGUCAACGGUGUCAGUGCCCCAAAGGCACCUCCUGCAAUCAAAACUGCUGCGGCCACUGCCUCUACUUCUGCUCCUGAGCAAAAGAUCGAGACUCAGCCUACAAACUUCCCCGCUCUUGGUUUAGGUGCCAACCAGCUGCAGUGGCAUAUCAGUGCCAACCCGACUCAGAGCCUCAGUCACCAGCUGCCGGCCACUUUCAUCUCGCCCCCUCCGCAGGGUCAACAGCAGCAAUUUUUCUCUCCACCUCAAUUUCAUCCUGCUUCCUACAUCAGCGCAGGACCAAACAACAUCAUCACUUCUCCGACCCCGACCCCGAAUCCUAUCACGUAUAUCGGUAUCGGCCCUCAGUCUCCCGUCGUCAAUCUCAACCAAGCCAGCAACAUGGGUGACUAUCAGAACGCUGCCCCUCCCGUCAACGGGCUGCACUUUCAACCUCCCGUUCCCGACACCACCUUUGGUCCUAUGCAGCACGUCUACGUGCCUCGCCAUGACGGUGGCCUUGCCGGUCUUCAAGUCGGUGCCCCUGCUUCUUUUAAUUAUGUUUCUGCUGCCCCUAUUGCUAUUACUCCCCCCUCUUCGUACACCACCGUCGUGGUGCCAAAGACAUACUAUCUCAAUGGCUACACUUACUAUGCAAGUCUACUUUGCUGGUUCUACCUUAUUCAGCCAGCCCUCGGUGCCGUGGCUCCCCAGCCUAGUGCCUAUGGAGGCUACGUUGUCCAACAGCAGCAGCCCUACUACGUCCAGCAACCGGCCAUGGGUCAACAGCCAGUUCUCAUCGCUGGCCAGAUGCAGCAGCAACAGCCGCAGCAAUUUGUGCCUCAGAUUCAGAAUGUCCAAGGCGUCCCCGCGGUCGGUCUGGCGGGUGGAGCUGCUGUGCCCGGCACGGUCCCCGUCUUUGCAGGUAAUGUCCCUGGUGGUGGUGGUGGUGGUCCUCAGCAUAUCCCUGAAGUCAUGGAUAUUGGUCGUACCGCGGGCGAGGAGCAAUUCCGUCAGAUCAAGUUUGCGCAUGCGAACAAGCUGCACGAGCCUCAGGAAUUCAAGCCUGCUGAUGAUGACCCUUCUCGUUUCUACUAUGUCCGUGAAGUUGACGGGAACUGGACUCAGCGCAACCGAUUUACCAUUGAUCACAUGGGUGAUUCCAAGUGGCGAAGUGUCACGCGAACCACAGUGUACGAAAAGCACAAGAGCAGCAGAAGAAAACAACACUGCAUCACCAACCAGUACACAUCCUCGAUUUUUGGUCCAGUGUCGCUUUAA